AUGUCGUUUUAGAUAAUAGAUAUGGUUCAUCAUCCCGGGGGAAGAAAACCCGGUCCAAGUUACCGGAAAUACCCGGUCACCACUCGGGUGUUGUUAGAAUUUGGACCACCGGUUGAAAUUACUGCAAACACCAGUUUUGACCUCCAACCAGUCGAUGAAUAUCUUCUUUGCUCUUGGAAUUUCCAUAACUAAGAGAGAGAAAACUCGUCUGAUUGUUGAUGUAGACGUGUUGAUGAAUUUGCUCAUUUGAUGCUAGUUUGAAGCUGAUUUGGCCUGAAAUUGUGUUGAUCUGUUGUAAUUUUUAGGGUUUUGUUGAGAAUUAUGGGUUUUUAGAUUAGAGAUCUGUGUUUGGAGGCGCUUAUUGUGGUGAAAUGACAUCUUCAGAGGUUUCAAGCAAAGGUAAUAACAGCAUGAGAGGAGACAGAGACACGUUUUCUUUGUCUGGUUUUAGCGACAAAAAUGAUGCGGUAGGUGAUUCAAGAGCUGUUACGGCGGUUUCCGGUGCCGGUAAAGCUGAAGCGGAUAUGGCUCUUUACAAGGAACUCUGGCGAGCAUGUGCUGGUCCGCUCGUCACUGUGCCUCGCGAAAACGAGCUGGUGUUUUAUUUUCCUCAAGGACACAUCGAACAGGUCGAGGCGUCAACCAAUCAGGUCGCCGAACAACAGAUGCCGAUGUAUAAUCUUCCGUCAAAGAUCCUUUGCCGUGUUGUUAAUGUGCAAUUGAAGGCUGAACAAGACACGGAUGAGGUUUUCGCCCAAAUAACUCUUAUGCCGGAAGCUGAUCAAGAUGAAAACGCUGUUAAGAAGGAACCACCACCACCUCCCCAAUCCAGAUUUCAGGUGCAUUCUUUUUGCAAAACGUUGACUGCUUCUGAUACAAGCACUCAUGGUGGAUUUUCAGUUCUGAGACGUCAUGCUGAUGAAUGCCUUCCUCAAUUGGACAUGUCAAGACAACCCCCAACACAGGAGCUAGUAGCCAAAGAUUUACAUGGAACUGAAUGGCGCUUCAGACACAUAUUUCGUGGUCAACCCCGAAGGCAUCUCCUUCAAAGUGGUUGGAGUGUCUUUGUUAGUUCUAAAAGACUCGUAGCUGGUGACGCCUUUAUAUUCUUAAGAGGUGAGAAUGGAGAGCUUCGUGUUGGAGUGAGACGUGCAAUGAGACAACAACCAAAUGUUCCAUCAUCUGUCAUAUCCAGUCACAGUAUGCAUCUUGGAGUCCUUGCGACAGCCUGGCACGCCAUACAAACAGGAACAAUCUUUACAGUCUAUUACAAGCCUAGAACUAGCCCCACAGAGUUCAUUGUUCCAUAUGAUCAGUACAUGGAAUCCAUCAAGAACAAUUACUCCAUUGGAAUGAGAUUCAAAAUGAGGUUUGAAGGUGAAGAAGCUCCAGAACAAAGGUUUACUGGAACCAUAGUUGGGAUUGAAGAGUCCGAUCCAAAAAGAUGGCCAGAAUCUAAAUGGAGAUCCUUGAAGGUACGAUGGGAUGAAACAUCUACUGUACCUCGUCCAGAUAGAGUUUCACCAUGGAAAAUAGAACCUGCUUUGACUCCUCCUGCUAUAACCCCACUUCCAGUCAAUAAACAAAAGAGACAUCGAUCAAGUAUCUUGUCUACAUCUCCUGAUUCCUCUGUUCUUACAAGAGAAGGUUCAUCAAAGAUGGCUACAGCAGACCCUUCAAGGGUAGAAUUGUCAACACUGAGACCACCUUUUACAGAGAUUAACGACUCAGAUUCAUGCGAUGCCCUUUCUGUGUCCCGGUGUUUGCCUUUCGGAAGGCCUACUGAAUCUUCUUUCACGGACUUAUUAUCGGGUUUUGGGUCCCACAACAAUUCAACCGAGUUUUCAAAUCCAUGGUCCAAAAUGCCCUCCAAUAUGCCACUCAACUUAUUGGGGUCAUCCAUGAAAGGUGUUGAUAUUCCAUUCCAGAGUUACCCUAUUCAUCGGAAUCCAAAGUGGAUGAUGCCACCACCGCUUCCAUCGUAUCUACACAUCCCUUCUCAUUCCACUGACGUAAUUCCGAAAACACCCCUUGUUCAAAAUGAAGUCAAGAAGCCACAAGACGGGAGCUGUAAAAUAUUCGGUGUACCCCUUGCUGGAAACACGGUUGCAUCACCUGGUAAAGAUCGAGAAAAACAAUAUUCAAAUCCCCAGCCACAAGUCAAAGUUCAAGGAGGAGUUUCAACAAGGAGUUGUACAAAGGUUCAUAAACAAGGGAUUGCCCUUGGGAGGUCUUUGGAUCUUACUAAAUUCAACAACUAUGACGAAUUAAUUGCUGAGCUGGACGAGUUAUUUGAAUUUAACGGAGAAUUAAAAACACGUAACAGGAGUUGGUUGGUUGUGUACACGGAUGAUGAGGGUGACAUGAUGCUUGUUGGAGAUGAUCCAUGGCAGGAAUUUUGUGGCAUGGUACGUAAAAUCUUUAUUUAUACUCGAGAGGAGGUUCAACGAAUGAAUCUUGGGGCUUUAAAUUCACGGGGUGAUGACACGUCAUCAGUUGCAGAAGGCAUGGAUGCCCGGGACACAAGGAUUAAUCUUCUUUCUUCUUCAAGUCCUGAGGAUGUUUAGGGUUUUUAUUAGGUGGAUAGGGAGUAUGAUAUAUAUUUAUAUAUACAUACAAAUAGCAUAUGGCAGUUGAGAACAGUUGAAAUAAGUAAGUGUUAAGAUGCAUCCGACUUCCCUGAAUAUGGUGUUUUUGGUUUUGGAAUUGGAAUUGGAAUUGGAGCUGUAAUAUAUUGAUGCGUGGAUGGCUCCUACAACAUUAUUGUUAUAUAAAAUAUAUAUAUUUUAUAUAUAUAGUAUGGGUGUAUAUAUAGAUGAUAUUGGGUUGGGGGCAACACAUGCAUGCAUGGCAUGGCAUGGUGUACAUAGGUGUUUUGGGUAGCUAGCUUAGGCUAUAGUUUGUCUGAUUUUUGAAUGUAAGGGAAAGUUGAUGAAGUAGUAAUUAAUAGAGACUUUAGUUGGGUAUUGUAGCCUAAACUACGCUUUCUUAUCUUUAUAUAUUACUCUUUUAAGUA